AUGGGGGACAUCGAGGAGACGAACACAGUCUUACACAGUACCACUACAAGACUCGAAGACAACACUGAGGAUGAUAUGUUAUUCCAAAACAUCGAGACACCAACAGUACAAGAGAGAACAGAGAUCAUGUCAAUGCUCUCUGAAAGUAUGAACGAAGUGCCAUACCAUCGAUACGCUUAUGGAAACCACGCUGAAUCUGAAAGACUGUAUCUUCUCGCUUCUAUCGGUCCGCGAUAUGACAAGGAUUAUGCCGAUGCUAAUCUCGAUAUGAGCCAAUUCCCUAAAGCCUGUGAGACUUGGGCACUGAAGUCUAGGGCAGAUGGAAGGAUCAAGAGUGUAAUGUUCUUUUCGGAUCCUAGAAAUAAUUAUUCAGACGACGAAUAUGAAGAGUUAUACGAAGCGAGAAGUCAAAAUUACCUGUCAUUCGAUAAAUAUAAAUGGUGGAAUGAGACGGUGGUACCUACGGCCAUCGAACUAGGGGACAACCUCGAAGAGGACUUAGGCACAGAGAUAUCAAAGAUGUUUCACGUAACCUUCCUGACUACUGACCGGUCUCGUCGAAGUAAAGGAUACGGUAAGACACUCUUGUCGAAGCUGACAGAUAUGUCGCAUGAGAGCAAAUAUCCUGUUUGGCUUUAUACGACAGAUAGAACUACUAGAUUCUAUGAGAAAGCCAAGCUUAGGGAGCAUGGUCGGAAAGAGGUAAACAUGGGAAAGGAAGGGUCUAUACCGAUUGUCACUAUGAGGUACUUACCCGAAGGAUGGCAAGAUGUGGCGGGUGUCAAACCAUGA